UACUCCACUGGGCAGUGGCAUAUGUGCUAAGAUUAUUCCAUUCCUCUUCCAUUGCCAUUUGCUCUCUAAGCUUUCUCUGUACUUUUAUUGUUACAGUACUGCAACAGCUGAGCUACUGAAGUACUGAAUUAAAGCAUGGCUGAACUUGUGAUUGAAGCUUUUCUCUCUGCUUCCUUUGAUUUUUUGCUGGAAAAGAUUACGUCCCCUUAUGUUGAGGACUUCUUCUUCAAGGGGAAAAACGAAAGUUCAUCUGUUGUUUCUGAGAGGCUUUUCAAGUUGAAGUCAACCUUCAAUUGUCUUGCUGCGGUUUGCAUUGAGGUGGAGAACAAAAGAAUCAAAAACCCUGCUGUGGAGAAGUGGCUGGACAAUCUUCUGGAUGCUGUCGAUGAUGCUGAGGACUUCUUUGGCGAUAUUGAAUAUGAUGCUAUGAAACCCAAGAAUGUCGAGUUGAAGAAAGAAAAACGAAAGGCAAUUAGCAAGUUACUCAGUUGUUGCUCUAAACCUUCUAAUUCAGCUGAUUGUGAAAGGAAUGCCAAGAUGGAAGCGAUUCUUAAGAGGUUGGAGCACUUAGCCGAUCAGAUCGGAAAGUUGAAUCUUGAAAAGAAUGUUGGUGAGGUGAAACCAUCUGAAAGCUCACGUGCGAAGACUUCUCUGCCAGAUGAACCUGAAUUAUACGGUAGAAAGACUGACGAAGAUGCUUUGAUGAAGUUGUUGAUGUCCGAUGAUGUAGGUAGUUCAAAGAUAUGUGUCAUUCCAAUAUGUGGAAUGGGAGGGGUCGGAAAAACUACCCUUGCUCAAACACUUUUCAACAAUGAAGGAGUGACAAAGAUGUUUGAACCUAAGGCAUGGGUGUAUGUGUCUGAUAAAUUUGAUGCCAUGGCUGUGACAAAAAGCAUUCUUCAACAAGUUGCUCCGAGUGAAACUUCAAGUGACAUGGAUUUUAAUUUACUUCAAGUUAAUUUGACAAAGAAGUUAACCGGAAAGAAGUUUUUGAUUGUUUUAGACGAUUUUUGGAAAGAUGAUUAUGUUCAGUGGACAGAAUUGAUAAAGCCUUUCAACAGUGGGGCACGAGGCAGCAAAAUAAUAGUAACAACAAGAAAUCGAAAAGUUGCAGAUACCAUUCGAACUGUUGAUGCACACCAUCUUAGUGAAUUAACAGAAGAUGAGUGUUGGAAACUAUUUGCAAAGCACGCAUCUUGUGGAAAUCUUGAAUUAGAACGUUUUGGCAGAGUAAUCGCUAAAAAAUGUAACGGUUUGCCUUUAGCUGCCAAAGUUCUAGGAGGCCUCUUGAGAUCAACAGAUGAUGCUGAGAAAUGGAAACAAAUAGCCAAUAGUAAUCUUUGGGAGCUCCAAGAUAAAAGAAGUGAGAGUCUUCCAGCUGCAUUAGAAGUAAGCUAUUUUUAUCUUCCUCCAUACUUGAAAGGGUGUUUUUCUUAUUGUUCAAUAUUCCCAAAAGGCUAUGAAUUUAAAAGAGAGGAGUUGGUGUUAAUAUGGAUGGCUGAAAACCUUGUGCAGUAUUCCAAGAGGAAUAGGAGAAUCGAAGAAGUUGGUCGUGAGUAUUUUGAUGAUUUAGUAUCUUUCUCAUUUUUGCAACCGAGUAAGUGGGGGGGGUCUUGUUUUGUUAUGCAUGAUCUUAUAGUUGAUUUGGCCAGAACUAUUUCUGGAAAAUACAGUUGUUUGUUGGAGCAAACUGACAACAUUGAUAGGCUUGAGAAGAAGACACGUCACCUUGGAUGUGUCAAGGAACUUUAUGCUGAUAAUAAGAUAGCUAGCUAUGAUUUUGGAGCCACACGUUUGCGAACCUUUUUAACAUUAUUAGGUUCAAGUUCAUCUGAAAUAAUUUUUUCUAACGAAGUAGUGCAGAAUCUGCUAUCGAUGUUGAAAUGUUUGAGAGUCCUAUCUUUUCGUGAUCUUCAUCAUAUGGAUUGGUUAUCUAAUUCAAUUGGUGAGCUGAAACAUCUUCGCUAUUUAGAUGUUUCUUUCACCGAGAUUGUGACACUGCCUGAAUCUGUAACUGUAUUAUACAAUUUACAAAUACUGAAAUUAGAAAAUUGUCACCGACUUGAAGCUUUACCCAAAGAUAUGCAUCGUCUCAUUAAUUUGAGACAUCUUAUUAUUAGUGGAAAUAGCCUAGUUGAGAUGCCAUGUCAAAUAAGUAAACUGACGAAUCUCCAAACAUUGACAACUUUUGUUGUGGGGAAGGGUAGUGGGGCUAAAAUAGAAGAGUUGGAAAAACUUCAUAGUCUACACGGAAAGCUUUCCAUUAAGAAGUUAGAAAAUGUGGUCAAUAUUGCAAAAGCACCGGUUCAAGUAAAUGUACAAGAAAAGAAUCAACUUGAGAAAUUGACGUUGGAAUGGAGUGUUAAUGAGGAUGUUGUUGAUCCAAAACAUGGAGAGGGUGUGCUUGAAAUGCUUUCACCUAACAAAACAUUGAAAGAGCUCGAGAUUAUCUACUAUCCUGGCAAAAUAUUUCCAAAUUGGGUUGGGAAUGAUUUUUUUAGCAACAUUACUAAAGUAACUCUUUAUGAUUGUGAGCAUUGCUCCUAUUUGCCACCCUUUGGGCAACUUCCUUUGCUAAAACAUCUUUCCAUCUCAAGAUGCAAUUCGGUAGUGACAGUGGGUGCUGAGUUUUACGGGAAUUGUUUGGCAAGAAAGCCAUUUUCAUCCUUGGAAACAUUAAGUUUUAGUAAGAUGCCAUCAUGGGAGAAAUGGCAGUCAAUGCAAAUUGAAGAAGCAACAACAUAUGGGAAGCUCAAAACACUUAAAAUGGUUAAUUGUUCUAAGCUCGUCGGAGAUCUGCCUCGCUUCCUUCCUUCACUGAUAAGUUUGGAAAUUUGGAAUUUGGAGAAUUUGGAGUCAUGGUAUGAGGCAAUAAAGCCAAGAAAACCUUGUUCCACUCUCACUCCACUCUACCAUUACCCUCCUCUUCAGUCUCUUACAUUGUUGUUUUGUGGAUCAUCCUUCAAAUCCCUCAAUAUGGAUUUAUUUCCUAAUCUAAAAACUCUUGAGAUUGAAUGUAACGACUACUUUGAAGCUAUCUCAGUGUCAGAUGGGAAAUCUCUUGAGGAACUAACAUUUUUACUUAUCGAGAAUUGUGGUAGUUUUGUAUCUUUCCCAAAUGGUGGACUUAUUGCUCCCAAGCUGAGUGAUUUGCAGAUUUUUAAUUGCCCUAAAUUGAAGUGGUUGCCAGAGAAGAUGACUUCCCUCUCAUCUCUAAAGUCGUUGACAAUCAUAGGUUGUCCAUUGAUAGAGACUUCGCCUGAAAAUGGUAUGCCUGCUAGUUUGUCUGAACUCUUUAUAUCCUAUGAUGAAUUUUUGAGGAUGAAAUGGAAUUGGCAAGCAUUACCCCAUCUUAUCCAUCUUACUAUUUCUGGAUAUGGUAAUGAAGAAGAUAUGGAAUCAUUUCCGGAGGAAGGGCUACUGCCUACCACUAUUUCCCAUCUUGGUAUCAAGGAUUUUGCAAAACUUAGAGGGCUGGACAAAAAUGGGCUUACACAACUCACCUACUUGGAAACACUUGAGAUCUUCAACUGCCUUGAGUUGGAGACAUUGUCAGAAGAAGGGUUCCCAACCUCCCUGACCUCUUUGGAGAUAUAUGAUUGUCCUUUGGUUUUAGAAAAGUACUCUCAGAAGGAGAGUGGGAAUGAGGAGUACUGGAACAAGAUUAGUCACAUACCCAAUGUCACAAUUUACUAAUUGAGCUUGCAUUUACCACAUAUGAUCUCAGACCUUAGCAGAAGAAUCCCUUGUUUUAUGGUCUAUUCAUUACAGUUUCCAAUAUCUGUUUGAGGUAUGGAACAAUUUCCAAUUCAAGUGUGUUUAUUUUAUUUUAUUUAUCUGAAUAUAUGCUUUUGCUGUUUUUCAAAAUGAGUAAUGAGGUAGCUUCUAUGGCAUGAAACAAGUUUGUUAUAUAAUAGUAUUUGUGGUUGGUUUGCA